AAGUUCCAUUUGAGAAGCAUAUUCUAAGGUCAGGUUUUUAAACAAUAAAUCAGAGCUCAAACACACCCUCUCUUUCUCUCUAGAGGUUGAGGUCGAGGUCGAGGUCGAUUCACGCUAUCUCUCUCCUGACUAGAGAACUUCAUUUCUCUUUCACUCAUAUUUGUCUCUCGGAAUCUACAGUUUGUUUUCUUGUUCUGAUUAACGAAGUUUGUUAUACAAUCAGUAGAAGAUGCAUUCGAGUCACCUGCUUCUCGAGGAGCCAAUUAGGAUGGCUUCAAUCCUGGAGCCAUCUAAGUCUAGUUUCUUCCCUGCAAUGACGAAGAUUGUGGGGACUCUAGGUCCCAAAUCCCAAUCCGUCGAGGUUAUCUGUGGCUGCCUGAAGGCUGGAAUGUCCGUGGCUCGAUUCGAUUUUUCAUGGGGCGACCCGGAGUAUCACCAGGGAACCCUGGAGAAUUUGAAGGCGGCAGUGAAGAGCACCAAAAAACUUUGUGCUGUUAUGCUGGACACGGUGGGACCUGAGUUGCAGGUAGUUAACAAAAGCGAGAAAUCUAUUUCACUUAAGGCAGAUGCCACUGUUGUUUUGACGCCAAAUCAAGAACAAGAAGCUUCUUCAGAAGUAUUGCCCAUCAAUUUUGAUGGUCUAUCAAAGGCAGUGACAAAAGGAGACACUAUUUUUAUUGGCCAAUACCUCUUCACAGGCAGUGAAACUACUUCUGUUUGGCUAGAGGUUGACGAAGUCAAAGGGGAUGACGUCAUUUGUGUGAUAAAGAACACUGCAACUCUUGCUGGUUCAUUGUUUACUUUACAUGCCUCUCAAAUUCGUAUUGAUUUGCCAACCCUCUCUGAUAAAGAUAAGGAGGUCAUAAGUACUUGGGGGGUCCAAAACAAAAUAGACUUUCUUUCGUUGUCAUACACCAGGCAUGCAGAAGAUGUUCGCCAAGCUCGAGAGUUCCUUUCCAAAUUGGGUGAUCUCAGUCAGACUCAAAUUUUUGCUAAGAUUGAGAACGUAGAGGGAUUGACCCAUUUUGAUGAGAUCUUGCAAGAAGCAGAUGGUAUUAUUCUUUCCCGUGGGAAUCUUGGCAUAGAUCUCCCACCUGAAAAGGUGUUUUUGUUUCAAAAAGCUGCCCUUUACAAGUGUAACAUGGCUGGAAAGCCUGCUGUGGUUACUCGUGUUGUGGACAGUAUGACUGAUAAUCUUUAGGCAACUCGUGCAGAAGCUACUGAUGUUGCUAAUGCAGUAUUGGAUGGAAGUGAUGCAAUUCUUCUUGGUGCCGAGACCCUUCGUGGAUUAUACCCGGUGGAAACUAUUUCUACUGUUGGUAAAAUUUGUGCAGAGGCAGAGAAGGUUUUCAAUCAAGACCUUUAUUUCAAGAAGACUGUCAAAUUUGUUGGCGAGCCAAUGACUCACUUGGAAUCCAUUGCUUCCUCUGCAGUCAGGGCUGCCAUCAAGGUGAAGGCAUCUGUAAUAAUAUGCUUCACUUCAUCAGGAAGAGCUGCAAGGUUGAUUGCUAAGUAUAGGCCAUCGAUGCCAGUUAUAUCGGUUGUCAUCCCCCGCCUUAAGACAAAUCAACUAAAGUGGAUUUUCAGUGGAGCCUUUGAGGCCAGACAGUCACUCAUUGUGAGAGGUCUCUUUCCUAUGCUUGCGGAUCCACGACAUCCAGCAGAGUCAACUAGUGCAACAAAUGAAUCAGUUUUGAAAGUUGCUCUUGAUCAUGGGAAAAUGGCAGGGGUUAUAAAAUCUCAUGAUAGAGUUGUUGUUUGCCAGAAAGUUGGGGAUGCAUCUGUAGUGAAGAUCAUCGAGCUUGAAGAUUAACCAAAUCCUUUUACCUUCGUUUUGAGUUGAUUCUUUUUCCUCCUUGGAAUGUGAUAGUGCGUUGCUGGCACCUUUUUGAGAUGGAUAGAUGGCUCUCCUGGAAACUCAUGAACAGGAAGGCAAUUUGCUGGUGUUUUUAUACGGUUGGGAAAUAUGUUGCUGAUUAUUUUCGUUGUACUUGGUGGAUUGGUGGUGGUAUCUAGUUGAAAUAAAUUUGAAAUAUUAAAAAUGCUUGGGAGUUUAACCAAGUAGAUACAUUUUGGCUGCAGCAUCUGUCAAUUUGCUAUACUAAAGGUGUGCCCAGGACUUGUAGGGCUAAGGGCCUUGCCCCAUUUCUUAAGUUUUAUGCCUAUAGAGCAUGCCCAACUUGACCCAGAAUUCCCUUGUUUAUUCUUAACACCGCCGUGACAAAAGAGAAGGGUCAAAGAUAUAAACAUAGGACAAUGCAAAA